UUAGCAUUUAAUUUAAGAAAAUCAACGACCUUUUUUCAACGGCCAUGCAGAAAAUCCCCCAACAAAAUCACCUUUGCAAAUUGCAACACUUUGGAUUUAGCUACGAAUUCUCUUCGCCUCCUGCUUCGCGUGCACCGCAUUUUUGUAGAGCAUUAAAAAUUCAAGUUUUGGGUGUGAAAAAUGGUGAACCGUCCAGGAUUCUUCAAGUUCUACUUACCUUCGCUCGGCGAAGAGAAUCUGAAAAUCCCUUCAAGGUUUAUUCAAUCUGUUCAAGGAACAUGGCCAAUGGAUUUGGCACUUCGAGAUCGGUAUAACAAUUUGUGGAAUGUGAAGGUGGAAAUGGUUGGCGGUGAUUGGUACUUUAAAGAUGGUUGGACAAAGUUCGCUGAUGAUAAUAUGAUAAAAGGAGGGGAUAUGUUAGUAUAUGAAUAUUUCUCUCCAGGUUUACUUGACUUUAAAGUUCAUGGCGGCUCUGCUUGCUUAACCGAAGGAUUUGGAGGUCGGGAAACUAAGAAUAUUGAAGAGCAGAUUAUAAAAAUAGAAUCAGAUGAUGACAUUGUAACUCGUACUAAUGAAACUGAUUAUGAUCCUAUUGAUGAAGAAGAAUACUUGCAUGAUGGUUAUUAUAAAGUAGAGCAAGCAAUGGAUGAUGAUACUGACGAUUAUGAUUCCACAACUAAAGAAGAGAAUCUUAGGGAUGAUCAUUUUCAAGUGGUGCAAGUGACGGAUGAUGACACUGAUGAUGACGGUUGUCUUCCUACAACUAAAGAAGCAAAUCAACGAGAUGCUCACCCAGUAGGGAAGCAAUUGAUGAAUGUUUCCAAAUGUGUGCAAAUAAUUCGGGAAGAGGGUCCAAGAGAUGAUACUCCUCAACAAGAGCUGGUGAGGUAUGGUACGGCCAGUUCUAGCAAGCAUAAAAACAAAAGGGAUUAUGACUGGUAUGGUGUAGAGAUCUUCAAAACCGGACUCAUUCCCCAGCCCCGGAAUCCUUAUUUUGUGACCAAGAAACGAAGACACAGAGCCGGUGAACUAUAUAUACCCAUGGAUGUGAUAAGAUGCUACAACCUGAAACUCCCCGAGACAGUGACGCUCCUCGACCCAAAAGGAAGGCAGUUUCGUGCUACACGCAAGAUAUGGGCUGAUGAGAGGACGUUCUACUUUGGAGGCUGGAAAGGCCUUUGUGGAGUGAACAUGGUGGAAGACGAAGACUCGUGCAUCUGUGAGUUUUUGCAGAAUGGCGACGAUCUACGCAUCAGUGUAAGCUUCUUCCCCCCAAAAUAGCAGCAAUGGUGGAAUGGAGGAGUAGUGGAUUGGAUUCGUAUAGAGGGUUUCACAUUUGUAUAGUCUUGGAUGAAUUGUUUUAGCAUUUGAGAUUUUUGAGUAAUUGUUGGGAUAUGAUUUUAAGAAGUAUGAUUUGUUGUUUCA